AUGACUACGCAAUAUCAUAGCUCGGAGCUCAGUCCGCUUGAGAUCAAACGCGAGGAGAAUCCGUCUGCUUCACCCUUGCUAGAUCUCGAAUCGGCCACUUGGGUGAAGCGCAAUCCAAUCUCUUGCACUAAAUGCGGCCGAUCAACGCGGGGAUGCUCCCAUGUGCAGCGCAACACGCGACCUUGGUCGAAACGAGCACUCUUCUUUCGAACAGUGCAGCGUCCAUUUUGGGGUCUAGUGGUCAUUCUCGGGCUUGUCUAUCUCUUCCCGGAUGAUCUUAAAUCUGGGUUCGGUGCCAUGAUUUUACCUGAUGGUCCACUAUCUUUUCUCUCCCACCGGCCGACCCAUGAUGUGAUCCCUAUCGCCUGCCACUCACGUCAAGAGUAUUGGGGCCGCGUCCCAUUGCAUGUCACCCUUGCCGCCGGCUGCACCGGCAUUGAAUCUAAUGUCUGGCUAUCGGAAAACGAGCUUCUGGUGGGAUAUACGCCCGAAACUUUAGUGCGAGGUCAGAACUUGCGCACUCUGUAUCUUGACCCACUGUUGAGAAUGCUGCGAGAAAAUAACACGCGAUCGCUCAAUCUACCUUCGGAUGGAAAUAUUGACGAAGAUGAUGCCGUGGGAGUGUUUCCCAAUGACCCUUCACAGACUCUAGUACUACUUAUCAACUUCAAUUCCGACGGCGAGCGUCUUUGGUCUCGUCUAAUCGAACAUCUAGAGCCGCUCCGUGAAGGGGGAUACCUAACCUUUUUCAACGGAUCAUCUGUCAUCCAACGCCCCAUUACUGUCGUCGCCUCGGGGAAAGCACCCUUCCAUCGCGUAUUGAAACAAACAUUUCGUCGCGAUAUCUUUUUCGACGCUCCUAUCGAUAGUCUCCCCUCUCGUUCAGUGAAUAACUCGACAGACGAGCUUUCAUACAGCCCGUACAACAGUUACUACGCCUCUGCCGAUUUUCACAAAACAAUUGGGACCGUGAAACCUAUCGGAUUCUCUCAGGGCCAGCUUUGUAAGCUUCGACACCAAAUCAGAGCUGCACACGAGCACGGCCUCAAAGUACGAUAUUGGAACACACCAAGUUGGCCACGUGGGCUUGCAAACCAUGUGAGGCACGUACUUGUGCGUGAAGGUGUGGAUGUCAUUAAUGGGGUGGAGUUGAAAACCUCUGGCUAG